AUGACAUCAACAACAUCCACAACGUCAACAACGUCGACAACAUCAACUACAAAGACAACAUCAACAACCUCAACGACAUCAACGACAUCGACUACGUCGACUACCAAGACAACAUCAACAACAUCAACAACUACGACGGCCUAUAAUUCAUGCAAGUUAUUUCAUGCUAAUAAAGCUCAUUGUAUAAAUAUUAAUUUAGGUCAAAGCCUUCGUUGGAAUCAAACGGGCGUAACCGUUGCUGGCACUGGUACCAGUGGUUCAGGAUCUGCUGAAUUUAAAGAUCCAGCGUGGGUGGAGAUUGAUGCAAACGAUACAAUGUAUGUAGCUGAUCAUCACAACUAUCGCGUUCAAAAAUGGGUGAAAGGUGCAACAAAUGGUGUGACAGUAGUUGACGUGAGUACUACCGGUGAUCAUCCUGAAUCAAUCACUUUUGACAAAAAUGGAUAUAUGUAUUUGACUGGACAUGAGAAUCAACGAGUGGCACGUUAUCCCCCAAAUUCAAACGUCGGUACAACCGUUGCUGGAAUAGCCGGUUCCGCUUCUAGUGCGCUUAAUAAACUUAACAAUCCUUUAGGUUUAGAUGUUGAUGAUGAUUUGAACCUAUAUAUUGCUGAAAGAGACAAUAAAAGAGUUAUGAAAUGGGCUUCAAAUGCAACAGCCGGUACUAUUGUCAUUGGAACCAGCUCGACCCCAAAGUUUUAUGGACUUUUGCUUUCACUAUAUUCACCGGAUCAAGCAUAUGUAAGUUCUCAAGAUACAGAUUCUGUGUAUCUGUGGAAGUUUGGUGACUCAACACCAAGCGUAACUCUCACUCAAGUCAAUGGCACUCCUACCACCCUUAAAAAUCCGAGAGGCAUGGAAUAUGAUACGUAUGGGAAUCUGUAUGUUUCCGACCAAGAGAAUCAUCGUGUGGUAAUGUAUUGUGUCAACUCGACGAUAGGUAAAGUCGUAGUUGAAGACUUGGCAGCCAAAGAUCCUAUGAAACCUAUGGAUGUGGCCUUUGACUCAAACCUCAAUCUGUAUGUCCUUGAUGGGCCUGGUCAACAAGUAGUUAAAUAUAAAAGACUCUGA